GUGUAUGUACCCGAAAGCGUGACCCGCUUCACUCCCCGUCUUCGACAGUAUAUUUUAGUCCAUAUCGCGCUCUGCUUUAUUCAUCUCCUCUCCUUCAAUCUUCUCACUGUACAAAAAAAAAAAUGCAGGCUAGUGACAGGUUCAACAUCAACUCCCAGCUUGAGCACUUACAAGCUAAAUAUGUUGGAACAGGACAUGCCGAUUUGACUAGAUUUGAGUGGGCGGUAAACAUUCAGCGCGAUAGCUAUGCGUCCUAUGUUGGGCACUAUCCAAUGUUGGCGUAUUUUGCCAUUGCAGAAAAUGAAUCAAUUGGAAGAGAACGUUACAAUUUUAUGCAGAAAAUGCUUUUGCCGUGUGGCCUUCCACCUGAAAGAGAAGAUGAUUAAGAGUUGCAAUAAAUAAAGGCAAGAUGCAAGGAUCAUAAACCAUAGGUUUUCGUUAUCUCCAGCCUCCUUACAUUCUUUUCAUAUCAUGUCAACCCUACAUUGAAGUGUAAAUGGUCAGUUUGGCAGGCCAUUUAUGGAUACUGAUUAAACCUUAGGAAUUAUAAAUCGUUUACAUUUGAUCACUCUAUCUAAAACCUCUCUUUGUGAUGGGUCGAUUUCAAUUCAUCAUUCUUUUUUGUUUUCUUGUAUGUGUAUCAAGAGCACAUAUAAUAAUUGAUCAAUGGGAAAGGUUAGCAUUAUUUGAUGUCAAAA